UCCUCGCGUUCCCCUCCUCUGGCCUCCUCCAUCCUCUCCAGUCUCCACUCCCCGCUCCAUCCCUGCCGAAUCCCACUAGCUCUGCACGGCGAUACGCAAGAGGCUCGCCGCAAUGUCGUCCAGCGCCUCCGAGAUCGUGGCCGACACGACGCACGGGCGCCACCACCUGAAGAUCGACGGCUACUCGAUCACCAAGGCCACCCUGCCCACGGGGGAGUUCCUCAAGUCCCAGCCUUUCUCCGUCGGCGGCCGCCGCUGGGCCAUCCAGUACUACCCCAACGGCGACCCGUCGUCGCACAAGGGCCACAUCUCCCUCCACCUCGUCCUCGACGACGACGUCGCCGGAGAGGUGCGCGCGCAGGUCCAGUUCCGCUUUAAGGCGGAAAAGAACCAGGCGCUCUCCUUUCUCAAGAGCUGGGGCCGUAAGCCCGCGCCGCUGAAGCUCGGGAGGGUGGAGGCCGGCGAAGCUGGUGUCUGGGAGUGCCCGAAUUUCGUCAGGAGGAAGACCCUGGAGGAAUCGGACCAUCUCAAGGACGACUCGUUCACCAUCCGCUGCGAUAUCAUCGUCGUCAACGAGUUCCGCGCCGAUGGGGACCCGCCGCGGGCCGCCGCGCCAAGAUCCAUCCCUGUGCCCCCGUCCGACCUUGGCCAGCAGCUCGGCGACCUCCUCGCGGCCGACAAGGGCGCCGACGUCGUCUUCGAGGUCGGCGGCGAGACGUUCGCCGCGCACCGGUGGCUGCUCGCGGCCCGGUCGCCGGUCUUGAGCGCGGAGCUCUUCGGCUCGAUGAGGGAGAGCGGCGGCGCCGGCGCGGUGCGCGUGGCCGACAUGGAGGCGCAGGUCUUCAAGGCGCUGCUCCGCUUCAUGUACACGGACUCCUGGCCGCUGGAGACGGCGGAAGAAGAGGAAUUCGCCAUGGCCCAGCAUCUGCUCGUGGCGGCGGACAAGUAUCGCAUGGAGAGGCUCAAGCUGAUCUGCGAGGACAAGCUGUGCAAGAACAUCGCGGCGGGCACGGCGGCGAGCAUCCUGGCGUUAGCUGAGGUGCACCACUGCCAUGAGCUCAAAGGUGCAUGCUUCCAUUUCCUCAGCUCUCCGAAGAACCUGACGGCAGCCAUGGCCGGCGACGACUUCGAGAAUCUGCGCUCAAGCUUCCCCUCUCUUGUCAAGGAGUUGAUUGCCACGUGCUCGAUCGAUGCCUCAGCUCAGUGAUGGUUGAUUAUUGAUUGAUCCUAGGAUGAUUAUUGAUUAUAUAUGCUUUGCAAGCUACUCCUACUACUUACUAGCUACAUAUGCAUGCUCUCUCUUGUUUCAGCAAUGGUACUCUGGCGAUUUAGUUUUCUUGUCAUGUUCAAAAAGACUACAUUCCUACUAUCAUUGCAUUAUGUGCAACCUUACCAAUUAAUUAAUCAGUAAUGAAGGGAAUUGUGAGUUAUCAGGUGA